AGUGUUUCCCAGAGUCCCAUUUAAACAAAUACAGUGCUGAAGAUGGCGGAGAGUUAAUGGGGGCAAAAAGAAACUGGUGUAGCAUACUAAAUGAAUGCAUGGAAACUGGUGCUGAUAUGCGCUGAGGAUGAGUGGAGCAGGGGAGAACACGCUGGAGUCACUGGGCGCCGAGCGGAAACGCAAAGUUUCCACCUGUGACACGCCAGGCCUGGGGUGCGACAAGCGCCGGAGGGAGCAGGAGAGCAAGUACAUCGAGGAGCUGGCGGAGCUGAUCUCUGCCAACCUCGGCAGCAUCGACAGCUUCAACGUGAAGCCAGACAAGUGUGCCAUCCUCAAGGAGACGGUGCGGCAGAUCAGACAAAUCAAGGAGCAGGGAAAGAGCUCUUGCAGUGAUGAUGAUGUCCAGAAGGCAGACGUGUCCUCUACGGGCCCGGGGGUCAUCGACAAGGACCAUCUGGGGCCGCUGCUACUACAGGCCCUGGAUGGGUUUCUGUUUGUGGUGAACUGGGAGGGCAGCAUCGUGUUUGUGUCUGACAACGUGACCCAGUACCUGCAGUACAAACAGGAGGAGCUCAUCAACACCAACGUCUACAACAUCCUCCACGAGCAAGACAGGGAGGAGCUGCACAAAAACCUGCCCAAGACCAACGUUCCCAAUGGGGGGUUGUGGGGUGGCGAGGCCCCGCGGCAGAAGAGCCACACCUUCAACUGCCGCAUGCUGGUGAAGUACGGUCACGGGCCGAGCCAUGGGCCGUCAGAGGAGGGGCCCGGGGGCCAGCGCUACGAGACCAUGCAGUGUUUCGCCCUCACUCAGCCCCGGGCCAUGAUGGAGGAGGGAGAAGACCUGCAGUCGUGCAUGAUCUGCGUGGCUCGGAGAAUCACGGCUGUGGAGAGGACAGAGAGGUUCAGUACUCGCCAUGAAAUCUCAGGGAAGCUGAUAGAGAUUGAGCAGCAGGGUUCCCUCCACACCACCAUGCGGCCCGGGUGGGAGGACCUGGUCAGGCGCUGCAUGCAGAUGUUCCUCCACCGCAGCGAGGGCCAGCCCUGGUCCUACAAGCGCCACUACCAGGAGGCCUUCCUUCACGGUCAUGCAGAGACGCCGCUUUACCGCUUCUCUCUGUCUGACGGCACCCCGGUCACGGCUCAGACCAAGAGCGACCUCUGCCGCAACCCCAACUCCAGCGAGCCGCCCACCUUCCUCUCCACUCACCUGCUACAGAGGGAGCCAAAUGGAUUUCGCAACAACCAGGGGGUGGGCAUGAGGCCCCAGGGCAUGGGGGUCAGCAACCCAAAUGCCCAGUCCAACAUGGGCCCCUCUGGAGGCAUGCCUAUGGGCAUGAACAGGGGCUAUGCCAUGGGUGAACAGGGCCACAUGGGACAGAGAGGGGCUCCCCCUUAUGGAGGAGGCAACAGGAUGAAUCAGAUGAGCCCAAUGCACCAGAUGAAUCAAAUGAACUCAAUGCACCAGAUGAAUCCAAUGCAUCAGAUGAAUAACAUGAAUCAGAUGAAUAACAUGAGUCAGAUGAAUUCCAUGAAUCAAAUGAACUCGAUGCAUCCAAUGAACUCUCAGAUGAACUCCAUGAGUCCAAUGAAUCAGAUGAGCCACCAUGGCAUGCAGCACCAGCAGCAUCAAGGUCAGUUCCACGGAGGGGGCUAUGGACUGGGGAUGAACAGUCCCACCCAGGGCAGCCCAGGGAUGAACGCCCCCCAGCACAUCAUGGGCUCUCCCAGGGUCAGAGGGAGCCCCAAAACAGGAGCCGGCCCCUUCUCACCUGGAGGCAUGCAUUCUCCCAUGAGUUCCAGUCACCCAGGUGGUUCUGGGUCGGGGGGCUCAGGGGGGGGCACCACCUUCUCCAGUAGCUCCCUCAACGCUCUGCAGGCCAUUAGUGAGGGGGUGGGCACCUCCCUGCCCUCCUCGCUCCCCUCAGCUCUCACCUCGCCUCCACUACACAAGCCUGACAGCUCCCCUAGCAUAAACUCCACUCAGCAGAACCAGGGCCAGGUCCAGUCCCAGGGUGGGCCUUGUAAGCCAGGGCCCUUAGCCCACUCGGACUCUAAGAGCCCAGGCAGCUCCCUGGGCAGUGCUGGGGAGCAGCUGUCUCAACAGCACCCGCACACCCCGACCGCAGAGGGGCCAGACAAGCCCGACAGCCAGGCCAGCAGAGAGGGGGCUCAGACCGGGGGCGAGCCGAGCCGGCGCGUCCCUGACGCCAAGAGCCACAAGAAGCUCCUGCAGCUCCUCACCUCCCCGACAGAUGAGCUGGUGCAGCCUAACCCCACCCCUGGCUCAGGCUCCCUCCCCAUGGGGGCUGAGGGGAAGGAUGGGAUGGCCUGUGUCACCAGCCCCUCCUCCACAGGCGUCUCCUCUUCCACCACUGGGGUUUGUCCCCAGGGCCUGGGGGCGGUGUCUUCCACAGGGGCGGCGGGAAACUUUGCCAACCAGUCCUUGCAGGAGAAACACAAGAUCCUUCACAAGCUGCUGCAGAAUGGCAACACCCCAGAUGAGGUGGCCCGCAUCACGGCAGAAGCCACGGGGAAGGCUCCCCUGGGCCAGGAGGCUGGAGGGCUGGAGGCUGGGACGGCAGGGUCCAAGGGGGCUGAUGUGAAGCAGGAGCAGCACAGCCCUAAGAAGGAGAAAACCCACGCCCUCCUCCACUACCUUCUCAACAAAGACGACUCGAAAGAUGGCUCUGAGGUCAAGCCAAAGCUGGAGGAGCUGGAGGGGAGGGGCCUCCAAGGAGCAGGCUCAGGCAUCACCUCCUCCGACCCCCACUUCCUGGAGGGGAAGGUCAAAACCGAGCCACCUGAUGAGUUGGAAACCCUGGAGACCAUCCUGGGGCGCCCUAGGAAACCCAGCUCAGGGUUCUAUCCCGAGCCAGACGCCAGAGCAGGAAAGGAAGUGGGCACCAAGCAGGGGAACAUCCCAGACAGUCUGCAUGAUGGGGAGAGAGGUCCCAUGGGCCCAGGCCAGAGGGGAGCCUAUCAGAGAGCUCUCUCUGUGGAUGCUAAACCUGUGGGCGGGGCCGGAACCGGCCUGGCAGGGAGGAGGAACGUUCCCUGUCCCACUCUGGUCAAACUGGAGAACAUGGAGAGCCCCAUCCGACCUGGCAUGACCAACGGUUUCCCUGGAGGCGUGGGUCUGUGUCCGCCACGGGGCGGCGCCACAAGAGGCAUGGGCAGAGGCAUGGGGAUGCCACAGCGCUCCCCCAUGGCAGGGCCAGGGGACUGGGGGAUGUCCAGGUCCGGUGCCAGUCCUUUGGGGCCCCAAGGGCACCUCGCCAUGGGCCGCCCCGGUAUGGUUGGAGGGCCCAUGAUGAACAGGUCCAACAGUGUUCCUGCCAACCCCCGAUCUAUUCUGCAGCAGCAGCUCAUGGAAAUGGGUUCCAAUGAGGUAAACAUGGGUAUGAGUCCCUUUGGUGGGCAGGGGCCCCCGCCCCAUUCACCUUCCUGGCCUGACAGUUCAGGGGGCAUGGACAGACCACAGAGCAACACCAGCAGGGGCCAUGUUGGGAACCCCCUGGAUGAGCUGCUAGUGCCCCCCUCCACCAGCGAGGGGCAGAGUGACGAGCGGGCGCUGCUGGACCAGCUCGACUGUCUGCUCAACAACGCUGAUGUCAUCGCCCUGGAGGAGAUUGACCGUGCCCUGGGCAUCCCAGACCUCGUGGGCCAGACCUCCCCAGGCCCGGAGCAGCGCCAGCGGCCCCCGUCAGAGUCCUUCCCUGGGCCAGACUCCUCCGUAGGGAUGGAGCAGAAGGCCAUGUACAGCCAGGGCUACCCCGGACCCCCCUCCAUGGGCAUGCAGCCUGCCUAUGGCGGAAACCCCAUGCAGGGCCAGUCCCCUGCAGGCUUUAACCCCAUGAUGAACCAGAUGGGCCAGCCUGGGGGCUUCCCAGGCAUGGGGGGCAUGGGUCACCCUCGAUCCAACAUGAUGAGGCCUCGCAUGAUAAGUGCCACCAAGCCUCUCAGACAGCAGCUACAGCAGAGGCUGCAGGGACAGCAGUUUAUGAACCAAACCCGUCAAGGCAUGCCAAUCAAGAUGGAAAACAACCCCGGAGUUAACCCGGCCAUGAGGCCUGGCAUGCAGCCUGGCAUGCAGCCUGGCAUGCAGCCUGGCAUGCAGCCUGGCAUGCAGCCUGGCAUGCAGCCUGGCCUGCAGCCUGGCAUGGCUGGCCAGCCGGUCUUCCUGAAUGCCCAGAUGAUGGCUCAGCGCAACCGGGAGAUGCACAUGAGGAGGCAGAGGAUAAUGAUGCUCAUGCAACAGCAGCAGCAGCAGCAGCAACAGCAGCAGCAGCAGGGGGCAGCAGCGGGCUUCAGUCCUCCUCCCAAUGUGACAGCCCCAACAGGCAUGGAUAGCCCCAUGGCAGGACCCCCCAUAAACCAGCCAGGGCAGCAGACUUUCAACUAUGGAGCCAACUAUGGAAUGAACCAGCAGGGGGAGCCCUCUUUUAUGAGCACAGGCAACAGCCAGCCCAACACCAUGAUGCCAGGCAGAAUGGGAGGGCCUCAGAAUCCUAUGAUACAAGGCAUGCAGGGGAAUCCCCAGGGUGCCAAUAUGUACCAGUCUGCUGACAUGAAGGGCUGGGCACAGGGCGGUGUGCCGAGAAACAAUUCAUACCCCCAGCAGCAGUUCUCCCAGCAGGGAAACCAGGGCCAGUUUGGAUCCAUGAUGAUGAAUGGUUCUAUGGGCACUCCAGGACCAGUUAGUGGGGCUGGAGGACAAAUGGGCCAGAUGCAGGGGCAAAUGGGCAUGAACUCCAUCGGAAUGGGCCGAAUGCCUAUGGGAACUGAUCAGAAGUAUUGCUGAGGAAGUGUGCCAGCAGUGAAAGCUCUCACCAAGGAGGCAGCAGAGACUGGGUAUCUCCAGAAGUGAGAGCUGCAGCCAGGAGACAGCCAGGCCCGGGGAGAGCACACAGCCCAGGACCUGCUCCAUUCACCUUCGACCUGUGUAGAGGACAUACACUCAAAACAUGCCACCACAGUGAUAAGGCUUGGGAAUAACCCCUGAAUCUCCCCUUCAUGCAUCAUGUUUACCUCUGGUCUGAUAGAUCACAUGGAGAGGCCCUGUUUUCUCUGCCUGUGUGUGUGUGAGAGUCAGAGAGAGAGACAGAGAGAGAGAGAGAGCCCUGGACAUAUUUGUGCAGUUACAGCAUUACUGCUGAGAGGUGGAAUUAUGGUACAACUAAGUAUAGCUGCACUUUACCAGAUGGCUUCUAUGUAAAAGGAUUGUUGCAAUAUUUCUAUUCUUUACAGCCUUAUUAGAGAUUUGAUGCCUUUAUUGAUGCAUUUCGAUGCAUUUAUUUUAUCCUUUGAAUGCGCCUCAUUUUAACAGAAAUCAUUGGAAACCCUUAGCACAGGUUGUUUCUAUAUUAUGCAGAUUUAAGCAAUACAUCUUGCCUCUUUGCUUCAUACUGAACCUGAGCAUUAUAACCCCAUAACAAGCCAAUGGUACUGCAGUAUUGGAUCACAGUCACAGAUUUCUUGUGACUCAUAUGUGAAUUGGAAUUGUAAAUAUGCUUCAACUGUAUUGUAAAUGCUUUUUAUAGAUAACUUCUUUUUGCACAGACUAUACAACUAGGUCAUAUUCUAACUGUCUCAUAGGUCAAUACUGUUUUGAUUGUUUUGGAGUUUCUUUGAACUUCUUAAACAAAUGUUGCAGGUGUGUGGGUCUCCCCUUUUUGUGUUUGUGGUAACUCUGCAUAUAUAUGCUUUUUGGGAAGGGGUGGAUAUAACAAUGCAUUUCUCUUUAAAUAGGCACUUUCUAAUGAGUAUCUGAAGGUAUAUGCUUUCUAAUUAUCAAAAAUGUUGAUGGUGGUGAUGAUUGAAACUAACUCAUUUAGGACCGUUGUGUGUGUGUGUGUGAGAGAGAGGAUAUUGGGUGUGUAGGCAUUUGUGGGUGUUACUAGCACAUAGCAAACAGAAUGAUUAAGUUAUCGACAGGGGAGUCGCUUCCCUCAAUAGCUUUUGCGAAAGCUUUUGUCUUUUCUUUUUUUUUUCUUUGACUGUUAUUCUUGACUCAGAGAAAUCGACCCUAACAUGCGCAGUCCAAAGAUAUUUUUCUAGUUAUUUGCUGUAUAGUUUUCAAGGAUGUACAGUAGGUGUACGUUUUUGUCUGUUUAAUGUAUGCUGAUAAAUUUUGGUCAUGAAUUUUGGAUUGGGCACACCAGUUUUACACUUUGACCACAUGACAGGGAAAUCUAACUGCAAGCUUAAAUAUCAAUAUGGUUGAACGUUCAGCUGUUGUAGAAGAAUAACUAUGGAACGAAAAUCUGUUUAGACAUAUCAAUAUAUCUCUUGCAUUUUUUAAGAAAAGAUUGAUUUGUGUCCAGUUUGUUUUUAUUUUGAAAUGUAAUGUGUUUUAUUUUAUUAUUAUUUUUACAUCAAAACGUUUCAGCUAGUUAUUCAGUUUCUUCCCCCACUAUUUGUUCUUUUUUGAGUUGUGGAAAGAAGUGUUCUUUCAUUUUACAGGAUGUAUAUUACAUACGCUUUCUUGAUGUCUAUAUCGUUGUAAAUACAAAUUUCUAUUUAAACACUUA